AUGAUAGCGGAACCGGCCCUAAGCGAGAGACUCUCGGACAAGCUAUCGCAAGACGUACCAUUACACGCAUAUAUGCGCACGAAGGAGGAACCCGAUGAACCUGAGCUGAAGCUCAGUCCCGAAGAACGAUCCAAACUGAGUGAGUAUUGGUACAACGAGUACGCUGACAUGGUGGGAGGCGUACCUCGUGAACUCCCACCUCUGCGGGAAAUCAAUCAUAGGAUCCCGCUGAUCGACGAAGCAAAGCGGUAUCGUUACCAUCUACCCCGUUGCGCUGAAUCGGUCAAGCCGCAGUUGCUUGAGAAGAUUAAGCACUACGAACAUGCCGAAUGGUGGGUAUCUCGGCCUGUUGAACAGGCCGCGCCCAUGCUCUGCAUCCCUAAGAAAAGCGGUAAGCUACGAACGGUCAUAGACUGUAGGCAGCGAAACGACAAUACCGUCAGGGACGUAACACCCUUGCCAGAUCAGGACCAGAUCCGCAUGGAUGUUGCGCGCGGGGCAAUACGGUCGAAGAUCGACCUAAGUAAUGCGUACGAACAAGUUAGGGUAGUUCCGGAAGAUGUGGGGAAGACCGGCUUCUCAACGGUAUACGGUACCUUCGAGAGUAACGUCAUGCAGCAGGGCGACUGUAACGCGCCAGCAACGUUCCAACGGCUAAUGACCUAUAUCUUCCGAGAUUACAUCGGGAUCUUCAUUCACGUGUACCUAGACGACAUGUUCAUCUACAGUAAGACCGUCGAGGAGCAUGGAAAGCACUUACGAAUAGUCUUUGACCUACUGCGGAAGAACCAUCUCUACGUCGAGAAAGACAAGUGCGAGCUGUACGCUCAGCGAAUGGACUGUCUCGGGCACGUUAUUGAUGACAACGGCCUACACGCUGAUGGCGACAAGAUGUCGCGCAUUCGCAACUGGCGCCCUCCUAGGGAUACGCAGGACUUGAUGAGGUUCCUGGGGCUUGUACAAUAUAUUCAGCACUUUAUGCCGAACGUAUCGCAGUACACGGCACCACUCACCUCGCUAACCCGCAGCCCUACACUUGUGUGGCGUCCGGUUCAUCAAACCUGCUUCGAUAUGAUCAAGCAUAUGGCGUGCAAGACGCCCAUCUUGAAGCCUGUAGAUCCGUCACUACCGGACCCGAUAUGGGUCGUCUGCGACGCCUCGACGUCUGGCGUUGGGGCCAUGUACGGCCAGGGCCCGGAGUGGAAGACUUGCCGCCCAGCUGGGUUCAUGUCGAAGAAGUUCACAUCGGCGCAGAUGAACUACGCCAUUCGUGAAAUGGAAACGCUGGCAAUUCUGUCAGCGCUCCUCAAAUGGGAAGAUAAGCUGCUAGGAUACCCUAUUCGGGUGAUCACCGACCACAAGGCGCUAGAGUUCUUCAAGAAGACGAACCAGCGCAUGCUGAACCCGCGCCAGUCGCGGUGGAUGACAUUCCUGGAAAGGUUUAAGUAUACCAUCGAGUGGGAUGAGUGGCACCCAGAUCAUGAGUACGUCAACGCCGAUGUGCGGCUGGAUCCCGAGGGCGAAGAUCUGCCCUGGAACCGGUUCGCGGAGGUACGCGCAAUGCGCGCCGCGACGCACGAGGCUGACAUACCGAAUGGGAACGAAUCUCAGACACAGCAGCGGACUCAACCAUCCAGAGGCGCGAAAGCGCAAGUAGCGGACCCGUUGUCCUGGAAGCGGGCCACACUGACGCGCGUGGCGAAGGAUUUAGUCCACCCGAGGGUGGACGAGGCAAACAAGCUUUCGGAACGCUCGUCAGGAACUCCGCUGGAUGCGGGACACGAGGUGGCUGACGGAGAUCAGUGGAGGGCCACGUCGCGUGGCGAAUUCGGCUCCGCCGCCGGAAUCAACUCUGAAGCUGUGGCGCCGGAGAAGACGGAGAACCCGCGCCUCGCGGACUCAUUGGCGUCUGGCCCGUCUCUCCUGCAAUUCGCUAAGGAAUCCGAUGGAUUCAUCAGCAGCAUUCGUACUGGGUACGACAAGGACUCCCUGUUUGGCAAGGUUCUGGCCAAACCCGGUGAAUACAGCGCGUUCCGCCUGCAAAACCGGUUACUAUACACGAGGAAUCGGUCGAACGAGGAGGUAUUGUGCAUACCUCAAUCCCUUCACCGCGGGCGCCGGCUCACCGAGAUUGCCAUGGAUCAGGCUCACACGACCAUCGGUCAUAUGGGGUCCUUCCGAACUGCAGAAUAUGUACGUCGUUAUUUCUGGUGGCCGACUCUCGGAAAGGAUGUGGAAGCUUUCUGCUCGACGUGCCCGACGUGCCAAGCCACUAAACCAAGGAGCACCCUUCUGAGCGGAAAGUUACACAGUCUGCCAGUACCGACUCAACCUUGGCAGUCCAUUGCCAUGGAUUUCGUCGGUCCAUUCCCUCAAACGCAGGAUGGACACGACUACCUUUGGGUCGUGCUUUGCAGAUUAACUUCUCUCGUUCACCUAAUACCUGUAGACGUACGUAUUACGGCUAAGGAGCUGGCCUGGAAGUAUAACCAGGAAAUCGUACGUUUGCAUGGCCUUCCAGAAUCCAUCGUAUCCGAUCGAGAUAGCCUAUUUACUUCUACAUUCUGGAAGGAGGCGCAUCGUCUCCUCGGAACUAAGCUCUUGAUGAGCACCUCCUUUCAUCCGCAGACCAUUACUAUCACCUGA